ACGGCAGUCAUCUUGUAGCGUGGAGCGGUACGCCAUGCCGGGGCCGAGGCGUGCAGUGGGCACGCUGGAGAGUGCAUAUUAGACAGUGCGAAGCGCUCAGAUUCGAGCAUUCGCCGGCGAGCGCUCGGUGAGUUCGGUGCAGAGGUGUUUAUGCGUAUCGCGUGUUCGCUCGCUCUCGUUCGCGUAUACAUAUCACAUAUACACAUCAGUGAAUUUCGCCUCGUUUCGUCGCGUAUCAUUACGGUAAACAGUAUUAAACGUACACGAGCAACGGUAGACCACAUAACGGCCAAUCAAAUCGUGAAAUUAUUCAUCAAGUGAACUUAUUGUCACAAGUGGAAUACCAGGUAUUUAUUCAUGCGAAUAUUUCUACGUUUCGUAUCUUCUUACGUAGAAUCGUAUCAAAAGGUAUUAUCGAAAGCAGGCAAACACGAGUAACAUCUGUUCGCUGUUUAAUAUUUACAUAUCGUGCUCGGCCUUCUGGAGGUCGCGUCGAUAGGGAAUUUAAUGGGAGUCCAUUACGCUUGAUUUAUGGUUUGAAAAUGUAAUUCAAGAUAGCGCUUUCGUUUGAACACAAACCUCUUCUCGCUUGGAGUACGCCUGCAGCGUGUAAGACUGCGCGCAUCUGUCAUCGGACGGGCACAAUAUAGUAGCUAUCAGCGAUAAAAUAUUUAACCUGCAAAUGAGCUCGGUCGGUGUACGGGUUAUCUGUAAAGGACACGCCGAGUAGUGAAACCAUGCACGAUUUCCCGGUCGUCAAUAAAUAAAUAUCAAAAUACAGUACACUCACGCGUAGUAUUCCCAAAUAUUUGAAUUUUAUUUCGCGACGAAGUUAUAUGCCAUAAAGAACAAUAUGUUAUUUCAUUUUCGCGGUCGUAUGAUGUACGACGGAUGCUAGAGUGUGUUAUCUAAUCUACGUGACUUAAACCGGCAAAGAAACGAAACAUAAAUUGAUACACGACACCAUUUACGGGACCGACACGAAAUCUCGUAACUCUCGUGAAAAUAUAAUUCGACGAUCGUGCGAUAUGUCUCUCGUGUUCUGAAAAUACGCGAGUAUUCGCGCCGGAUUCUCAUGCGCGCCAGGUUCCGUAAAAUUCUAACACGACUUUUACCAGUGUUCGCGUGUGAAACGGUGAUUUGUCAGCGGUUUCGUUCGAUAUAGAAAAAGUAAAAAGCGGAAGACAGAAAAAGAAAGAGAAAGAAAGACGCGUACCGGAAAAAUUCGAUGAAAGAAAAAAAGGAAGAAAAAGAAAUUCGAGCGGCGCGACGCAGGAAUUGCAGGAGAGCACGUGGGCGGUGCUUGAAGUCUAGUUCUGCGCGCCUCUCGCUUCCAGUAUUCGUCUGCCCGUCCGAGGGAGCGCGAGUGUUACUCCGUUGUAGCAGUGGCGCGCGCGCGCGCCUUCUAGCCUUUUUUCGUAAUCCGGACGAGAGGCCGACGUUGGCGGCGCCAAGCGAGAAGAGAAGAUGAGGAGGGAGGCCGUCGACCCGUUAUAAAUGGAACUAGCAAGACAGCAUUUCUUGAAUCGUUUCUUCUGUUAUUAUUCGCAGCGUGUCGGCGUACUAGCCCGCAUGUUUGUCCGCGGCGUGACCAGAACCUGCACAUCCUCCGAUAUUAUUAUCGCUGUGGUCCAAAGGAUGCAGUUGAAUCGUGGCGACCGUGGAAAGUGAAGUUUUCGAAAGGAAAAAAGAGAAAUCGAAGGAGCGAGAAAUCGACGGACAGAAAGUGGUAUUUUUUGAUGACCAAGCGACCAGUGUGAAACUCUCGACGGGCAGGAAUUAUAGUGGCGCCUUUUUAGUGAGCGCGAAAGAGAAGAAAUUUCAAAAUUCGAGAUAUGCCCGUGGCGACAUACGGUGUACAAUUCUGGAAGUUCGCAAACGGUGAUAAGUGGACAAAGUUCGAAGAUCGUGUUUUACCUGUUGUUCGGUCGAUAAUAUACGGCGAGUCUCAGUUUCGCGGUUGCACGCUCGUUUAAAUUGGCUGUCACAAUUCGAGACGGUCGGUGCCGACUUGUUCGCGAGAAGAUUGCGACGGUCGAGCCAGUGAAUCACAUCUGAGAGCGACAUUUCGAAAGAUCGAUGUGUCGUCGGGUCUAAAAAGGUGGCUCUUACUCAACGCCGUUUAUCGCGCCAUUGGGGAGCGCGUGCUUGGAAUGAAUGCCGCGUUUUCAACCGCUAUGUGAAGUUGUCCCUACAGUUUGAACGUGAUUAGUGGAUGCGCUACAAGAGACCGAGUGUCACCGGUUGCUUUGCAAUGUGAGUAAAUAGAAACUUCGUGUAGAGACAGAAGAACCGAGGAACAAAUCAAACAACCACUCUUUAGAGGUUUUGUUGUCGUUUGAAUAUCGUUGACCCGAUGUGAAUGUAUUCGAAAGAAAUAUUCGCGUCACUUCUAUAAAGGUUAGUUACGAUAUUUUUGUCCGUGAACGUUUACAUUUUUCGACAAAAUAUAUUUCUCGAGAAUCGUUUAGUGACGGGGUUCGUAUAUGUAAACGUUUAUUCGCGAUUUUUCUCUCGUGUAUGUGUGUGAUGUGAAUGGACUUUAAUACGGUCGAAACGAAAGAAACUGUAGGUCGAGUGAAAAGUAACACGAACAGUGUUAAUCGGACAGCAUAUGAUGUGCAAGCGCGGCUCGAACGACACCUAACAUCCACGUCUGAUGACAAACGUGAACAGGAUCAGGGUGGUCGUCCUCGGCGGCCCCAGAGUCGGGAAAUCAGCCGUAGUAGUGCGGUAUUUGACGAGGCGAUACAUCGGCGAGUACAGCUCAACCAGCGAUUUCCUGUACCGGCACAGCGUUACCAUCGAUAACGUUAGUACCGAGGUGGAGAUACUGGACACUUCCAGGUGCGAGGAAAACGGUUGUCUUUACUCUCACAUACGAUGGGGCGAGGCUUUCGUGGUCGUUUACAGCGUGACGUGCAAACGAAGUUUUCAGGAAGCUCGCGGAUUGCUGAAGCAACUGGCUGACUUACGUCUACCAUCCUACUUCACUGCUCUGUUGCUCGGCAACAAGAGAGAUCUGGAUCAUGCUCGAGAGGUAUGCGUGGACGAGGGGCAACAGUUGUCGCUGGCGCACGGAUGUCAAUUCUACGAGGUCAGCGCUGCGGAGAGUCCUGCCGGCGCGGCUCUCGCGUUCCAGGCGCUGCUCCGAGAGGCGAGGUCGGUGCAGCUGCUACGAGCGCUUCCGAUCCGCCGGAAGUUGGGCGUUCAUUCGGUUUCAAGGGUACUCGGCACGAUCUUCGGCAAGAACACGACGAAAGAUCGGAAAAAGAGGCCCUCGUUAAGCAUAUGACGCCUCCUCUGCGCCCUCCUCCUCGGAGGUCGUGACGAACCCGACAGGAGAACCGACGUGGUCGUUCUCACCAGCAACGUCUACUCCAAUCGCUGACGAGGACAUCGUUAAGAAAUCGUCUGACCAACAUGAAUCAGUCACGGUGACUCAAAUUUUCCUCUCGAAGGACACGUUUAAGAAGAUGAAGAAGAGAAGAGGAAGAAUAUGUUUGGUGUUCUCUGGACGCGACACAGUUCCUGGCGUCUUGAUUCGUCUUCAAGAAUGAUCCUGAGGAACGCUGGGACGUUGCCUGGCGGACAGGUAAAAUAACGCAUCUACGAUAGAACCUCGAUUGGCGUAGAAUUACGAAAACGCAAGGGACUGAAAGUGCACAGGUGUCGAGGUUCGUGCAACGAACGAGGUAACCGAUUGGACAGUUUGCUGUACUUUUGUUAUGACGAUCGUGACGAGACUAGGUUACAGCGGAUGUACGUUUUGACGAAUUGUCGUUCUGAUCCAUGAAACGUACGCUCGUAAGUAGACUGCAGAUUCUUGUGCAAAUUUAUAUUUCGCAGAGUAUCAUUCAAGAAAUAGUGGAAUUUCGCGCUUUGAAAUUUUACGUAAAUGUAUGAAACCCCGGCGUAUUCGUCAGAACACGCAUCAACCUUAACCACGGUGUAAUUAUAUCAGUUGCGAUUGGAUUUCUCACAUCGCCGCUCUUGGUCCGUUUGUUCGUAACCGAUUACGAGAUGCUAUUCUCACAAUGCGUUGCGGAAUACAACGAGCGAUGUACUUGCGCGGACGAUCGAGGUUCUACCGUAUAUCAUCUCCCAGAAGAAGCUUCGUGACGUAAAAAGGAAAGAUAAUUGUACUUUCUGAGCGGACGAAUGCGAUCAUUUUGUUGACUGUUCGUCGUUGGGUAGAGGGAAGCAGAGGGCGCAGGAGGCGCGUAUCCGAACACCAGCUUCGUUUCACAUGCAUGGAGUUUCGGGAGUUCGAUCGAAAAACGAGAAAAUCGUCCACCGGAGAAAAUAGCUGUUUCCCUAGGGGAACUAAAUCCAGGCGUUCUUGCGUCAGAUUCUCGUGUAUUUACAGACCUUUUCAUUUAACGUUCGAUGGAAACACUGGUGAAAAUGGACAGUGAAUGGAAGAAGAGGAGGAGGAGGACAGUGUGAGAGAUUGUGACGAGCGUGGAAAACGACGAAUCGCAAGAAAUUGAUAGCGAGUAAGGUGGUCUUUGUUCGUCGAGUGCUUCGUGUUCGUUUUCCUUUUAUUUUUCUCCCUUCUUUUCCCUUUCUACGUUCUUGUCGGUGUUGCAGUGGUCGAAUCGUAUCUCCUUCGAGGUGGACGGAGAAUCGGCGAUGCGCGCGUGCGACUGCUGUUCCUGAAGGGUUGUAGCUUUAAGCGUGACCGGAAGUCGAGGUGAUUCUCUCAUCAGGGUGCAGACUGUGUGACUUUUGUCGAGAAUCGUGAGAAACGUCUCGGUCACUUGAAAUUAUUUCGGUGUAUUUAUUUGUUUCGAGUAAUUCGAGGUAACGGGAUGUACUCGCUGCUGUUGAGUAAAUGAAAAGAUGGAUAAUCGGAUUUUUAGAUGAGAAGCUACAGGAUCGUUUUGUUGGAAACAAAGUGAAAUAAAAAGAAGAAGGAACGAAAUGUUUUCUUGACGUUGUAUCUCGCUAGGAGAUAUUAUUUCUUAUGAAUUUAUUUAUUUUUCUAGUUGAGCCCUACUUCUCUCUACUUUCUUUUUCAUGCAUAUAUACAUGACAUAUGUUUUCUAUAAAUAUUGUAAUUUUGGUCAAUGAGAUAUCGAUAGAAUUAUGUAGAUUUAAUUGUAUUAAGUAUAUCGAACGUACGGUAGAAAUUGAAAGAGAAAUAAGAUACACGGUCGAGAAAUAUUCCGUUCACUGAUUUCGUGUCUUGUACAGGCAUUGAAAUCACCAGAUUCUCUCGCUUUUGCAACGCUCUUGUAGCUUCUCGAAUAAAUUCCUGAAAUUUCGCUUAAUCUUUCGCUAAUCUUGUCUCCUAACGAUAAAAAGCGAUAGUACGGGCUUAAUAAAUAUAAAGGACAUAAAACCGGUAAUUACCAAAGACAAGUUGUACGUAAUUUACCAUUUUUCAAUGUGACCCACGGAUAACAUAGCCAUUAAUGAAAAUCGUAAAACGACGGAUUAAUGUCUUCUGACGCAAAGGUAGACGUCCAUGUAGAAUUAUGAUUUCCAAUUCUCAUACACAUUUCGAUUAUACGAAUGCAAUUAGGAAGCAUCUUAGAAGAUAUUUUAUUUCCAUAGACGUACGAGUGGAAGUAAUUGGAAAAUGAAUUACGCAAUGAGCCAUGUACUGUGUAUGUACGUAUUAUGCAUCUAUUACCAACAUUAUUUCGCUUCAUGCUCAAAAGUUUCGCCAUUUUAAUAUUUCUAUUUAAUACUUCGAUAAAUAUUCCAAUCGCCACUCUUGUCGACGUUCUUCCAAAUACUGCGAUCUCGGUUCUUCCGAGGUCUCGAGUCAAACGUUUUCUAAAUAUUCUUCGAGCCUACAUUUCCUCGAAUAUUCCAAACAUCGACUGACAUCACCGAAACGCGUUGUUCAUUUUCUUAAGAAAUUAACUGCGAAGAUUCGCGAGUAGGAUUUUUCUACGACCGUUGAACGUUGCUCGACCAGUUUCACGAAAUAUCGAUCGAAAGAUUAAGCGAGAUGUCGAGCUUUCGAAGCGUGACAAACACCCGAUGAGAGGAUUUCGCGUUUCACGCGCCACGUUAUCGUCCUACGCGACAGGCUUCACCGAUUCUGCGCUCGUUUCUCGGUCGCGGGACCGGAAACGCGCCGUGAGCACGGGGACUGGCGCCGCGUUCCAAACGAAACCCGAUAGUCUUUCAAAUAAUCUUUCAAAUUUCGCAGCUGUGGUCGAGCGAAGGACAUUCGAUGGCGACAACGCUGCAAAAUCUCGACUCGAUCGCGCUCUGUCUUCUAAAGAAUGUUAAUUCUAAAGAAUGGAAGAUUUGUAUCGUAUCUUGAGCGAUUAGGUCACGUGUAUGUGGAAUCGUUGAACAAUUAAGAAACGAGGAGAAGCACUCGGGAAAUUAUAAUAAAUCGUUCGAUGGUGGAUAAGAAAUUGACAAUAAAUCGACUCGUAAGUAUUUGUCUAAUUUUUCGCGAAAGAAGCUGUAGUUUUGGCGACUACCUAGUUCUUUAUCGAAUAAACGAAAGAAACGAACGUUCGAACGAAAGGAUUUCAAGGAUAUAGAGACUGUCGCCAAAAGAUUGAGAAACAGCGAACACUUUCGAACAUUGGAAAAGAAAGAACGUUGAAACUAAAAUUGCCAAUCGAUUAUUAAAAAUAAAUCUGCAUUCUUAUUUACUUUCACGGCUCUCCUGGUUUCCGACUGUCAGGAUUCCAACGCAGGGAUGUGAUACCUUUGAAUGGAAACGAGACGUGGGUCUCCGUUCUCGAGAUCGAACUUCCGGCUUCCGAGUAAUCGAUUCGACAACCUUAAUGUUCCUACUGAAAGUAGCCUAAGUGUACAUAGCGCACAUACAUUCGCCGAGCGUGAAACUCCCGAGAAGAAGCUCGAGGGUUCGAUCGAUGCAUAGAUUCGUAAGGUGAAACGAGAAUGAGAAGCAUAAGAAAAUGGUCCAGCGUGGCGGACUGACUAUUACGAAGCUGCUAAGGCUAACCAUGCGCCGAACUCAGAGUAAACUUUUCGAUUACAUUGUUGUGUCGUUUUAUUGAACACUCAAAUUUGGCAGACUUGUUCGCAGUCAAAAUGUUUCUCGCGUUAUCGUACUUGUAUUUCCGAUAGACGAGGACCACUCUGUAUUCGCGACAAAUUUAACGAUAUCAAAAUAAUACGGAGAAAUAUAUCUCUGGUGGAGGGACAAAAGGAGUGUCAAUCAGAAUCACAAGUCUCGCAGAGAUUAUCACAGUUAUGAAACUCUUGUAAGCUUAAAUUGUAAGAUUAAAACACUUGUGAUAUCGUAUUUAAGAUGCGACGUGAGAUGAGGUGUUAGAUUUUCGUUAUGCUACUGGAAUCUCAGACGAAGGAAGAAAGAAGUGAAAUUGAUUUGUGUUAUUGGAACCAUAAGCGGAAGACCGCAACGUGGAAAGUAUUAACGUAUUUAUUUUACGUUUAGUAAGCUGUCGAGCGAAAGACUUGUAUUGUCUCAUCGGCCCACCAGAGAUAUAAAGUACCCGCAGUAAAGUAUUAUCCGCUGCAUUCAUGUCGAUGUCGCGUGCAUAUCGUAGAAACACGCGUGGAAUCGAAUGCGAGAUACGCGCGGAUCACGCCUGUAUUUUGUCACUCUGAGUUCAAUAUGAAACUAGGUCGAAGGAAUUUAUCAUUGUGGGGCUAGUGAACGUUUUCAUUGACUAGAUGAUAAAUGAAACCGACAAUUCGUAUUCUCAUUGCGAAUUCGUGUUAUUGUUCGUUUUUCUCUCGGCGACGAAACGACCGCCAUUACAGGUUGGAGCAUUUUUUUUUUUUUUUUUUUUUUUUUUUGUAAAAAAGUAAAACUGGAAAAAAAGGAUCGUUCUUUUUUCUACGGUUAUAGCAAACGCGACUUGGAUCGCGUUUUUAAGGUUCUUAAGUGUAAGUCAUGUUGUACGUAUAGUUCUUUCAGUGCCUUUUAUAUUGUCUCCAGUGUUGGGUGUACGAGAGUUCAUUUGGCCUCGCUGAUAUACCUUCUCUCGGUCUUUUCUUUCGUUUAUUUUAUACUUUGCAACUUAUACCGGGGCAAAUUAUACCGUAUUAUUAGACAAAUAUUAGACAGCUCUGCGUGUCAUUUUUUCUGUAAUUCGUUUUCUGUAUUUCUGUAAUCUCGUGGAAGCGUCAUUUGAUUCGCAGUCGAGGAUGAUCGUAACCUUCGUUCGAUCUAUUUAUGGCGAAAGGAACUCAACGCAGAUGGGACGAUGAAUAUUUGUAAGUAAAGUUGCGUUAACGACGAAAGAGAGCGAAGAAGAGCUCUCGUUAAGAGCGUUAGCUGAGAGACAGGCGAAGAGAAAAGGUUUAUCCGCGAGCCGUGUAAUCGAGGGAUGAAAGUAUGUGCUUCCAGAGCGUGCCUAAAAAAAAAAAAAAUAAAAAAAAAUCGAUACAUUCCAAAACGUGUGAAAUCUACGUGGUAAAUCCAUAAAGCGGGCGUGAGUGUGUCAUGCGAUUUUCCGAAUUCUGGCCGAUAUCGAUCGCUGUAUUUUAAGUGCUAGUCACUUGUUAUCGUAAAUUGAGAAAGAAUAAAAUUCUUUUGUUAAA